AUGCCCAGCCCACCACGCAUCCAGGUCAACAACCUCUCGUACACAUUCCCCGACUACUCGACGGGCGUGCGCAAUAUCACGCUCGACCUGCCGCCGCGCUCACGCACGCUCCUCAUCGGCGCCAACGGCGCGGGCAAGACGACGCUCCUCCGCCUCCUCGCCGGCAAGCGGCUCGCGCCCUCCAACACCAUCGCCAUCUGCGGCGUCGACCCCUUCAAGGACUCCCUCGAGGGCGUCACCUACCUCGGCCUCGAGUGGGUGCUCAACCCCAUUGUCCGCAGCGACAUCAGCGUCCCGGAGCUGCUGCGCUCCGUCGGCGGCGACGCCUUCCCCCAGCGCCGCGACGAGCUCGUCGCCCUGCUCGACAUCGACACCGCCUGGCGCAUGCACGCCGUGUCCGACGGCGAGCGCCGCCGCGUCCAGCUGGCCAUGGGCCUCGUCCGGCCCUGGACCGUGCUGCUCCUCGACGAAAUCACCGUCGACCUCGACGUCCUCAGCCGCGCCGACUUCCUCGCCUGGCUGCGCCGCGAGACCGAGUCGCGCGACUGCACCAUCGUCUACGCCACCCACAUCCUCGACAACCUGGCCGGCUGGCCCACGCACCUCGUCCACAUGCACCUCGGCGCCGUGAGGGAGUGGGACGAGGCCGACACCAUGCUGCGGAGCAUCGACGGCACCGUCGGCCGCUCCGGCAACAGCCGCCUCGGCGAGCUGGUCCUGGCCUGGCUCAAGGACGACCUCCGCGCCCGCGGGCCGCGCAGCCAGCUGCGUCUCGGCUCCGAGGGCAAGACGUACGGCUUUGGCGGCAUCAAAAUCGGCGGCUACGGCGACGAGUCCAGGCAGAAAGAGGCCUAG